CGCCAUCAAACAUGCAAGGGUAUUGCAAUUCACUACUAGAAUUCUCACGCCAAUUUUCAAUAUAUUUGAUCGGACAGUUGUUCAUUUAUUCGAUAGGUUCAGACAGCAUUAGACUUAUCUUUGGAAGCCAUCCAACGUUAAAAAAUGUCGAUAGAGGGAUAUAAACGAAUAAGAAGUAAAAAAUCAUCGCGUUAUUCACUUCAAAACAUGCUGAAGUGUCUUGAAGACCCUGAACACCCGUCAAUGGGUCCGUUUCUCCGCUUUAUAAACCUCACGGGAAACUGGCACCCGAACAUGGAAUUAAAAUCCACUCAGUUCAAACAGUUGGUAUUUUACAUUACCAUGACCUUUUUCUUCAGCCAGUAUUUAAAGUGUGUGAUCGGGUUAAGUCUAAGUGCUCUCCUUUUCAUUCUAAAAACCCUCCCAUUUCACAUGGGCACACCUAAGAGCAUCUAUUUCCGAAAGGACCAUCAUCUCUGGCAGAAACUGAUUGACUAUAUAUCACGCACAGAGCGGCGACAGCUCUCUGACGAAGAUGAAGAAGUUAUCGACGUUAUGGACGAGUAUAUUAGGAAGAGUAGAAGAGUCAUUUAUCUAUUUUGGUUAAUGGCUAUCUGUUGCAAUAUAAGUUUGUUCACUGAGCCGUACCAGAAAAAUCAAGUUGUGGAGAAUGGAACGGAUACUUACGUACCGGUUUUCCAUUUUUACGUUCCUUUCAACCAAGAGGUUCCUCCAGGAUACUAUUAUUCUAUGGUUCUUCAGACAAUUGUAGGUAAUAUAAUGAGUUCAUACGUCAUCUCUUGGGACUCGUUGGUAAUGCCUACUUUAAUAUUUUUCGCCGGUCAACUCAAGAUUUCUCGCGUCUAUUGUACCAAAGCUAUAGACCCUGAGAGCAAAGAGCGAAGUCACCAGAAUAUUAUAGAAUGUCACCGUUUCCACACGACUCUCAUUAAACACCAGAAAUUAUUCCAGAAAUUGAUAUCAUCCGUGAUGUUUAUAUACCUAAUUGCGGUAUCAAUCAACCUAGGAUCCAGCAUCAUAGAUAUCUCAAAUGCGUCAGGCGAUUUACCAGCAAUGAUGGCAGCCAUGCUAUUCGUAUUUGGCAUUUUAGUCCAACUUUUGAUAUUCUAUUGGUUCAGCAAUGAAGUUACAGAAGAGAGUUUAUCAGUUAGCUCCGGUAUAUUUGAAAGCAAAUGGAUAAUCAUGGAUGCGAAAACACAAAAGGAAGUAGCUUUGCUGCAAUACACCACGUCCAAACGGCUUUGUUUCAAAGCCGGACCAUGUAAUGACAUGUCUCUUAGCACCUUUAUUGCAAUAAUAAAAACCAGCUACAGUUUCUUUACUCUACUGAAAGAAACAAAGUAGAAGCCCAAGCCCCAUUCAACGUUCUACACAUCCACACAUACUGAUGACUGUUACUGUCCACCACUUUAAUCACCAUUCAAAAUUAAAUAGCAC